GGACCUUUGGUUUCCUUGGCUGUAUUUCUGAGGGCUUCUUCCUCUGACUGGCUAAAACCAUCCACAAUUCCUUCCCAGUCUGUAGAACUGGAAAGGAAAUCACACUGCAUUGUCAGUUUUGGCCACAAAAGACAAGACAAUAUGACCAAUGGCUGUGCUGAUGAAGGGAUAAAUGUUGAUAUAGAAAACAUCUAAAAAAAACAAGUUUGGGAAGGAUGCCCUCUGGGAUCAACCUGGGAUGACUACCCAGGAUUACCUUCGUCAGGACUGCCGGAUGGUCCAUGGUGUUCCCAUGGUCUAUGCGUUCUCUUUUGACUGGGAUAGAAUUGAUAAUUUCCAGAGCAGGCCAGAUGAUAUUGUGAUAUCUACAUAUCCCAAAUCUGGUACAACAUGGAUAAGUGAAAUUGUGGAUAUGAUUCUGAAUGAUGGUGAUCCUGACAAAUGCAAAAGAGAUGCUAUUUUCAAUAAAGUGCCUAUGUUAGAAUUUGUUGUCCCAGGGAAGAUGCCAGCAGGCACAGAACAGUUAGCUCAGAUGCCCUCUCCUCGCAUGGUGAAGACCCACCUUCCAGUAAACCUACUUCCCAAGUCUUUCUGGGACAAUGGCUGCAAGAUGAUCUAUAUGGCUCGCAAUGCAAAGGACGUUGCUGUCUCCUUUUAUCACUUUGACUUGAUGAAUAAGCUACAUCCAGAUCCUGGCUCCUGGGGUGACUACUUGGAGAAAUUCAUGUCAGGAAGAAUGAUCUUUGGCUCCUGGUACAAUCAUGUGAAAAGCUGGUGGAAUAAGAGGAAUGAUCACCCCAUGUUAUACUUGUUUUAUGAGGACAUGAAAGAGGAUCCAAAGCGUGAGAUUAAGAAAAUCAUACAUUUCUUGGGAAGGAACCUUGACGAAUCAGUUGUGGAUAAGAUUGUCUAUCACACAUCUUUUGAUAUGAUGAAGAACAAUCCUGCGACAAACUACAGGAUGGCUCCAACUGCUGUAAUGGAUCACAGCAUCUCCCCAUUCAUGCGCAAGGGAAUUGCUGGAGACUGGAAGAAUCACUUUACUGUGGCUCAGAAUGAGGCAUUUGAUGAGGACUAUAAGAAGAAAAUGGCAGAUACAACAUUGCAAUUCCGAACUGAGAUCUGAGGCUCCCUUUAGCUGUCACAGGGCUGCUGCUUUUCCGCAGUUCCAUAUAGGAUAUGUUUUGGGCUCUUGCAAGUCCAUCAUUUUAAAAGAGGAAGCAGAUUCUGACUUGGCAGGUUGCAGAAAAUAUGUACAUGGAUUUGGCAAAUGCUUCCAGGCUAAAGGGCAAGAGUUUGUUGUGACUUUACUUGGCUUUGUUUGUUUUUGUAACUCAGGUCAUAGUCCUCUUUUAAUAUACCUCCAUAGCACUACAUUAUCCUUUUUGCUGUUUUUAAAAGCAGCUUGGAAAGAACAAUUUGGGUAGACAAUUUCAGGAAGUCAAAGGAUUCAUUAGCCCCUUCUGUUAUAUUUUCAAAUUGCAGUGUUAGUCUCAUAGGCUGCUAUUAAUUGAAAAAAGUAUUAGGAAAAAAACUACAGCUAAGCAUGACUUGUAGAUGAAACAUUAAUAAUUUUCAAAUACGAUCACAUAAUUUCAUCCAAAAUUAGGUACCAACAAUUAUAAUGUAUAAAAGACAUACCUUCAGCAACUUUGAGGAAAAAUAGUCAUACUUAGAUAAUAAUUUUCUUUGUUUUUUAACUUUCAGGUUAUGGUAUUUGAUCUUAUCAUUCCCCUCAAAUAUAAAUAUAUUAUGAUUUUUAAUUACAAUAGUAAAAACUAAUAGAAACUAAACUUAGAGAAAGAGGAAGAUUCUGCCCAGCCC